CAUCACGCCUGCCUGCAUCCUGGCAACGGAAAAGAAGGCGCAGCAAGGCGGAAGGAAGCUAGCUGACCUAGCUAGCUAAUAGCUAAGUGCCUCGUUCGCAAUGUAAACAUCUUACUGCUUCUGGAAGCAAGUGUUAAAAGGUAACAGACGUGCGUCGAGACGAAAAACAACUUUCAACAAGCCGCCGCGGCGGCGGCUAACUAACGGCAGCUCCAAGCGCGCGCGCCAGCCAGACGCACUCAACGCUUCUCGGAGUUUUGGGCUAUGUAUUCGACGUUUGGGGGCUUCGCUUGGCUUUACUCACACGGUUACCUAGGUUACAACAGCAUCGAAAUGGCCGCCCAUGCUGUUGAGGACUUGGCUCUCGCUCUCUCUCCUAAUGUCGUGAGGGUAACGGUCUCCACACGACGCGACUGAAAAGGAAAAGCGGUGGGUGCCACUCCUGACCUGAGGCUGGCUGGCCGGCUGACUGGCUGGCUGGCAGCUCGAUGACCACUUGACUCCAGACGCUCGCUCGCUCGCACUUGGCCUGACAUGUUUAGCCUCAUGGCGAAUUGCUGUAACUGGCUGAAACGUUGGCGAGAGCCCGCAAGAAAAGUGACUCUGGUGAUGGUCGGACUGGACAACGCAGGAAAGACCGCCACAGUCCGAGGAAUCCAAGGAGACAAUCCCCAGGAUGUCGCUCCCACCGUAGGCUUUUCCAAGGUGGACUUGAAGCAGGGGAAGUUUGAGGUCACCAUCUUCGACCUGGGCGGCGGGAAGAGGAUCCGCGGCAUAUGGAAGAAUUACUACUCCGAGUCGCACGGCGUGGUCUUUGUGGUGGACUCCAGCGAUGUGCAGCGGAUUCAGGAGACGCGUGAGACCAUGGCGGAAGUUCUGCAGCACCCGCGCAUCGCUGGGAAACCUGUGCUCGUACUUGCCAACAAACAGGAUCAGGAAGGCGCGCUGGCGGAAGCAGACAUCAUCGAGAACCUGUCCUUAGAGAAGCUUGUCAACGAGAACAAGUGUCUCUGUCAGAUCGAGCCGUGCUCUGCCGUGCUGGGCUACGGCAAGAAGGUUGACAAAUCCAUCAAAAGGGGUUUGGGCUGGCUGCUCAACAACAUCGCCAAAGAUUACGAGACCAUUACCGAGCGUGUGCAGAAAGACACAGCGGAGCAACGAGCUCAGGAAGAGCAGGAUAAGAAAGAAAGGGCAGAACGAGUGCGGCGGAUAAGAGAAGAGAGAGAGCGGCAAGAGAGGGAGGAGGCAGAACAGGAGGGCAAGCAGAUCUGCCAAGACCAACCCGAUGACGAAAACAUGGCCGACCCAUUCCAGCCUAUUGAAAAUGUCAUUUGCGAGAGCGGCGAUAAAGCAGAUAAUAAGAGGCGGCGGCUACAGGAGAGUCCGAAGGCGGCCGCCGACUACGAGGGAGAGGAUCGCCAAGAGACGGACAAUGCCAGACAAACCCCGGAUGAUUCCAGCUCAAGCACAGUCACUGAGCAAAGCAGGAAAAAGGGGAGAAAAUUUCACCUGAAGAGGAAGCACCGCGUGGACCCGCUCAAUUCCACCGAGGAGGGGCAAGGAGAGCGAGCCACACCUCCACCACUUCCAGAAUUUUACAAGAAGCCCCUUCCCCCUGUCGCAAAUAAGCCACAGCCUAACAGUGACACCUGCGAUGUGGUCUUUUAACCCAGCCCCAAUCACCACUCUCCUCUUGUGCUUUUUGUCCCAAGUAAGCGGAGUGUAAACCGCGCUCUGCAGCAUGUCUGGGAAAAGAAAAGAAAAGAAAAAAGAGCUGCCCGGGCGGGAGCAGGGGAAGUGCGGCGCGGCGCGGUGCGGUGCGGCGCAGCGCCAAACAUGGACAAGGAUGCUCUUUUCAGAGUCGGACGGCGCAAAACUGUCUUUUUACACGACAAAAUGUACAUGUUUACAUGAUACAAAUGUCCCAUAUGUUUUUAUUAAACAUAAUGAACACGGCUGCAGUCAUGUUGAACGAA